AUGGAAAAUAAAAUAAUAUUACUAGUUUUUUUUUUAUUCUCAAUUUUUAAAUUAGGAUAUCCAUAUUCAAUGGAAGAUCCAAUGGCAUAUAUUGCAACAAUUAGUGAAAAAUCAUUUACAAUACAUUAUUUUAAUUAUCCAAGCGAUCGUUCUUACCCUACCCGUUUAAUUAUGUAUCAAAACGAAACAACACCCAGAUAUGAAAUGGCACCAAAUUAUUUCAAUUGUAGUGUCGUUGUUGGUAGUAUGAGACUUUGUACAUUCCAUUCAGAUGAACCAUUCUCAAGAUUAUGGGGUAGUGCUCAUAGUAAGGUAUGUGCAAAAGAACUAUCAAAUCCAGUUGAAAAUUGUUCAUUUAAUCUUACAGAUAUAGAUAAAUUUUCUGGUACUGGAUAUACAUUUCAAUUUGUAAGUGAUAUCAAGUUUAAUAAAAAACCGGCAACGUCUGGAGGUGAUGUAGUAUUUACUGGUAAUUAUUUAAGAUUCAGGGGAGGUCCUAAUUUUAUUAAAAGUAACUAUGGAAAUGGUGUUUCUUUUGUUGUUAAAGGUAAUUUCUCUGAUCCUUCUUUUGACUGUAAUAAUAUCACUGUAUCAUUUCCACCAGGUUCUGGAAAUUUUGAAAUUAACUUUGAAGAUGAAGGUGAUUUUCCUAUUCCAUUUUCAUACAAAUCACCUAAAAUAUCAAGUACUGUUUCAGACGAAUCAUUAGGGAUAUUAACAAUUAAUGGUGAUAACUUCUUUACAGAUAAAAAGUUGGUAGAGGUUUUUCUGGGAGGUAUUAAUCAAACAAAUUUUAUAAUUUCAGUAAAUCAUACACAAAUUCAAGUGAAUAACUUUAGUAGACCUGAUCUUGGUCCAAUGUCUAUUAAUAUUAAGGUAAAUAAAAUUACUCUUCAAAAGGAUUUUACUCAUUGUUUUCCAGCAAUAAUAACAUCAAUAUCAUCAGUAUCAAAUUAUUUAGGAGGUAUUGUAACAAUUAAAGGUGUUAAAUUAUCUUCGACUUUAUAUCCAUCAUUGAAACCCUCAAUUACAAUUGGAAAUAAACAAUGUACAUUAAUUAAAUCAACAACAAACGAAUUAGAAUGUCAAUUAGAUCCAAAUGAAUAUGGUGGUAGAGAUUUACCAGUUAACGUUAAUUUCGGAGGUUGCAAUUCAACAAGUAAUAAUAAUGUAUCAUUUACAUAUAAUAUUCCAACAUUAUCAAGUGGAUCAUAUUCAAAUGGUUUCGUUACAUUAAUUGGUACAAAUUUUGGUAAAAAUAAAGAAUCAUUCGUUCAAUUGUAUGCUGAUGGAACUAAUAGUUAUUUAAAAAUUGACCAAUUAAAUGUUACAUCUGAUGAAAAGAGUUUAACAUUUAAAUUACCUCAUUUAAGAUGUAGAUCUUUUAAUAUUAGUUUUACUCGUUCUAAUAUUUCCUCAAAUACAAUUUCAAUUUCUGCAUCAUUAAUUAUUAAUGUAAUUAAUAGACCAAAUGUAUCUAAUGGAACAUUAAAUAUUGAAAUAUAUUAUAUGGAUUGUCCAUUAAUUUCAUCAUCAACACCAAGUAUUACUAUUGGUAAUUCAUCAUCAGCCACCCAAUGUUCAAUACCAUCAUCACAAUCAUUAACAUCUGGUUACUAUAAAACAAAAUGUUCAACACCAUAUGGUACUGGUUUAAAUAAACAAUUCAUAUUCAAAUUAAACUCAGAGACAGUUAGUGAUGGAUACUCAUAUGCUCCUCCAAUAAUCGAGCAUCGUAAAUUUUCUAAAGAUCAAUUUAAUAUUACAUUUCAUGGAAAUAAUUUCGGUAACUCAAUACCAUUAAUUCAAGUCUAUUUCGAUGGUAAUGAUAUUUCAUCAGAAAUUUUAGCAUUAAAAGAUAAUCAAUUAACAAUUAAAACAUUGAAUUCAUAUGAUUAUGGUCCAAUUGAUAUUACUGUAGAUGGAAUUAAUAUGGAAUCAUUAUUUAGUUUAACAUUUCCACCUGUUAUUAAUGGUAUAAUAAAUAUAGAUAAUAAAACAAUUGGUUGUGGAGGUACAAUCACAGUUUCUGGUAAGAAUUUAUUAACAAAUGAAGAUGAAUUCAAAGUUAAAGUAUUAGCAAAUAAUAAAAAUACCACGAUUAUUACUCAUGAUGAAAAGAUGUUAAUAGUCAGAACUGAUAGUAUAGAGAGUCCACUACUUGUUUCAACAUUCAUUGGAGAUAAUUUAGGACCAAAUGCAUUCUUAACAUAUUUUAAACCAAAGAUUACAGUUGUUCCAACCAUUAAAAAUAAAAAAGAAGGUAUUUCAAUAACAGUGGGUGGUGUUGGUUUAUCAGGUAAUAUUCAUGCAAGCUUGGCACUUUCAUCACAAAAUGUUUCUCUUUUAUGUAAUUUACAAUGUAGUUUAUCACCAAAUGAAACAUUUUAUGAUAGUAAUCCAAUAUUAAGUUCAAAUGAAAUCGAUAUUACAAAUAGUACUGAUUGUUUAUCAUGCCAUUCAAAUUCAUUUGUUAAUGAAACAUCAGGAGUAUUAUAUCUCCAAUUAGGCUCAACAUCAUAUAAUUAUGAUGUUAAAAUUGAAGAAAUUCAAAUAUCAAUAUCUCCAUCACCAUCAAUCGGUGCUGAAGGAAAUAGUGAAUCAUCCAAACUAUCAGGUGGGCAAUUUCAGGUAUUACAAUUGGUUGUGUUGAUUCUGUUGGUGCUGCUCUCAUCAAACAAAUAA